ACUCAGGUGGACAAUCAAGAGGAUGAAAAAGAAGAGGAGGUUCUCGAAGAAGAAGAAGAAGACGAGGUUGAAGUGCCAACCCAGCGUGCAACCCACCGUUCUCAGGCGGCAGCUCGUGUAGAGGAAGUGUCGCAGUUGCUCAAUGGUGCCGUCUCAAAGGAAAGGCAGAAGCGUGGAAAGAACUUCACACCAGAGGAGGACGAGUUGCUCUCCAAGGCUUGGGUAUCCACCACCAUGGACUCGCACAAUGGUAGUGAUCAGCGCCAAGCAGAUUUCAACAAGAAGCUGUACUCCAACUAUCAAGACUUGGUUGAGGAGACCAACGAAGUGACCCAUCCAGAACUCCCAAUGGAUCGAAAGCAGAAGAGCAUUGUGUCUCGCUUCUCAACCAUCAAGCACGGUGUCAACAAGAUGAUCGGCAUCAUGAAGAUGCAUCCCAUCAAAUCUGGAGAAACCAUCGAACAGCACGAAACCAGAUGCCUUGAGAUCUUUGAAGAGACACACAACACCAAGUUCCCUUGGAUUGAUUGCUAUCACGUGUUGGAAAAUUGUCCCAAGUUCUCCGCCGCUGAUGAUAGUGGAAAGACCAAGGCAAACGGUAAGAAAGGAAAGAAGCACAAACGUUCUCAAGGAAAGAGGCAGAAAGCUUUGGAUGACCGGAUCCAGCGAAUGCUUGACAACAAAGGCCUUGGCAAUAACAACCCAGCUGGGACCAGGGCUGUGCAAGAGGCAGCGUCCGUUAGCGAAGCCAUCGGUCAAAUCUCUACUCACCUUGUUGAUCAGGUCGCGGUGUCUCAAUGGUCCGAAAAUGACAAGGAAGAGUACUUCAAGAAUGACGCCAUGGAAAAGAAACUCUUGCAGCAGCGCCGUAUUCUCAAGUUGCAGUUGGAAUUGGACGGGUUGAAGAAGGUCCAGGCCAAGAGCGGUGGUACCAGCAGCAGCGAUGACGAAGAAUAG